GCUUGCUCUUCGUCUGGCGCCACGAAGUCGGAUCCCAACGGUAGCAUUGAUUUCCUCAACUGCGGAAUCAGCAAGUCUAACCCGAACUCCAAGUGGAAGGCUCCCAAGGUCACUCUCAAGGAUCUCAAAGUCAUCAGCGCCGAUCAAGCUGCCAACACCGCCGCGUUCAAGGCUUGCGCGAAGUACGAGGGCUCCUUCAAGUCCGCCGAAAAGUCUUCCGGUAUUCCUGCCGUCGUGCUCAUGAGUUUCGCUAUGCAGGAAUCCACUUGCAACCCGAGCGUCAAGGGUGGCAACGGCGAGAUUGGCAUGAUGCAGCUUACCCCCGACAAGUGCGGCGGCAAGAACUGCUGGGACGUCACGACCAACAUUGCCACUGGUGCGCACUACUUCAAGGACGAGAUUGACAGACGUGGCGGCAACUUCCUUGCAGCGCUCGGCGCGUACAACGGUUGGCAAGACAACCAGAUGAGCUAUGCCAGCGCCACUUCUCAACAGUACGGAUGCCACGCUCAAAACAACCUCGACUACCUGAUGCAGAUGCUCAACUACUGGUUCCAGGGCAAGAUGGGCUACGAGUACAAGCACUACAACAACCUUGGAUCCUGCUAA